AACCGUUGCCAGGACCAAGAGAGAAAAAACGCUUCCCAGGAUCUCUACGGUUCUGAGCUCUCUACAAUCAAGGGAGAUGAUCGGACUACGCAUUCACUGCCGUUGGAUCCCUGACAUUGGAAUAGCGAACGCCCAUAGCGAAAGCCGGUUGUGGGUACUUCGAUUUCGUAGCGUGAAGCAUCGACCACCGCAGAAGCGUGUGAGGGCUCUGAACAAUGAGAAGGAAGGUGGUGCGAGCGGAUUCACCGGACGGAAUUGGGACCCUGGGUUGGAGAUUGAGGUCCCCUUCGAACAGAGACCGGUAAAUGAGUACUCAUCUCUGAAAGAUGGCCCACUUUACUCAUGGGGUGAACUGGGCCCUGGGCCUUUUUUCACUCGCCUAGGUAGCCUUUGGUUAGUAGCUUUCACAGUUCUGGGUGCACCAAUUGCAGCUGCAAGCUUUAAUCCUUCUCGGGAGCCUCUUAGGUUUGUUCUAGCUGCUGGGACUGGAACACUUUUUUUGGUGUCACUAGUUAUUCUGCGGAUUUAUUUGGGUUGGAGUUACGUUGGUGAUAGACUUCUAUCAGCGGUGAUACCUUAUGAAGAGAGCGGAUGGUAUGAUGGACAAAUGUGGGUAAAGCCACCAGAGGUCUUGGCCCGUGAUAGACUCUUGGGAUCCUAUAAGGUAAAACCAGUCAUCAAGCUGUUGAAACAAACACUCAUUGGCACCGGAGUGCUGCUAGUUUCAGCCUUAUCAUUAUUUAUCUUCGCGACGCCAGUGGAAGAUUUCCUACACACAGUUUUUGCGGCCAACAACACCAACGUUCCCACUUCAAAGAUCAAGCCCGGUAUAAGAAGGGAGGAGUUGCUAAGAUUGCCCGUGGAGGUGAUGGGCGACGAUGAUCUAGCGGCAGCUGCUGCUGAGGCUGCAGAUGGUAGACCCGUCUACUGUAGAGAUCGUUACUACCGUGCAUUAGCGGGUGGUCAGUACUGCAAAUGGGAUGAUCUGCUUAAGUAGUGGGACCCAAGUGGGGCUGCCUAUGGCUAUGAUCAUUGCCAUUGUCAAAAUAUAAAGGUUUGAACUGUGUUGAUAGUUAACUUGGAGCCUUCAAAUAAUCCAAUAUCAUUAUUAUCAUCA